CGCAGACCGAGAGCACGCGGCUCGCAGACACUCCACACGCUCAGGGCGGGCGGAUUUGUGAUGUGAUGGUGUUAUAAAGGUGAUUAAACAAGAUGACGGUUGUAACGAAUCCCGCUUGCACCGAAAACGACAAGGAGUCUGAAUCGAUCCAGCCGUCUACAUCAUUGGCACAACCCUCCACUUCGAACGGGGAGUACCCAGACUACGGCGGUUUGCGGCUGGACGAGAACUCCAGGCUGUACGAUGACGAGAAACAGAGUGACGUCGUGUUCGUCGCCGGUAUCAACGGGGACACGUACAGGUUCCCGGGACACCGACGGGUUCUGGCGGCAACCAGCCCGGUCUUCGCCGCCGUACUGUCCGGAAAAUCCAGCGUCGUGGUCAUCGACUAUAUUGACAGAAGAGGUUUCGACCAGCUCCUUCGCUACUACUACUGCGAACACACGCAGCUAAACUCCGUCUUCACUGCCCGAGCUACGCUGGACGCGGCGUACAAAUUUUUGUGUCCCCAACUAGCCGAAAGAUGUGCUAAACGGUUGGACGAAAUGCUGGACGCUGAGGUGGCUCUUGAAAUUUUACGCGAUCUCCGAUACCUCUGUGCCCGCUUGCCGGGCGCCGCGUCAGCGCCGCCCCUCCCAGCACUGGAAAAUGAUGCUGCAGCUCGGACCCUCUCGCAUUGUGCGAGAUGGUGUGAUUCCCUCGCCCAUAACGCGCUCCUAGUGCUCGAUGAAAACGCGGACGCGGCUCUCACGCACGAGAAGCUAGAGGACCUUACGUACGAGGAUCUGGCGUUGAUCGUGAAACGAGACACUUUGCGGGUCUCCAGCGAGCUAGUCCUGGUGGAGGCUUUAGCGCGAUGGAGCACGGCGGCCUGCAAACGCACAAAGAAGGAGUUGACGCCGAGCAACAAGCGCGCCGCUUUAGGCGAGCUGGCGUACUGCCCGCGCUAUCUACUCCUUCGGGGGGAGGACUUGGACCGCGCUUUAGGGAUGGAGCUGCUGGAACCUAUCGAGAGGUCUCUGGUUCUCGCUCGAGCGCGGAAACUCGCCGCACCAGUUCCCGUAGGUCAUGAGCAGGAGUCUAUGCUUCGAAAAUGGGCCCAGCCUCGCCCGACGGAGCCGGCGGCCGCCCCGGUAAGGUUGAGCGCCCGCUCCGAGCCACCGGAGGAACCGAAGCCGAGUAAGCUCUGCGUCCGCCGGCCGAAGAAACUGAAGCAGCCGAGCUUUGAGCCCGAGGACACGUCGAAAAAGAAGCAGGGCUGCUGCAGCAAAUGCUGCCACGGCCUCAUCCACGCGUUCGUCUGCCUGUUCGACUGAGAGUGAUAAACGUUCGU